CUCAGAACCUCUUAGAAUCUCUUAGAAUCGCAGGAAAAUGUCGGAAUUGGUUUCCUCGUCGCGGCACUGCUGCUUCCGACCCGUGACCCACUGCAUCUUCGAGCUGGACGGCCUCCUGCUCGACAGCGAGCGCCUGAACACGCGGGCGGUGCAGCAGAUCCUCGACCCCUUCGGCCACAUCUACGGCUUCGACCUGAAGCUGCGGUGCAUGGGCAAGCCCUCCCCGGAGUCGGCGGACAUGAUCAUCGACAGCUACGGCCUGCCCCUCAGCCGCACGCAGUUCCAGCGCCUCCACAGGCUCCACAGUCGGGACCACUUGGGGUCCGUGGGCCUGAUGCCCGGCGCGGAGCGCCUCCUGCGCCACCUGCACGCCUCCCACGUGCCCCUGGCCCUGGAGACGAGCGGCAGUCGAGAGUCGUACGACCUCAAGGUGCGUCCCCACGCCGAGCUCUUCGAGGUCUUCCAGCACGCCGUCGUAGGCGGCUCCGACUCGGAGGUGAAGCGGUGCAAGCCCUCUCCGGAUAUAUUCCUCACAGCCGCCGCUCGCUUCAAGGAUCCCCCGGAGCCGGAGAACUGCCUGGUGCUGGAGUCCUCGCUACUGGGCAUGGAGGCUGCCUUGGCCGCCGGCAUGCAGGUUGUGCUCGUGCCGGAUCCCCUGCUCUCCAUUCGACUCAGUGCUCCGGCCACACUGAGGCUCCGCUCGCUGGAGGCCUUCAGGCCGCAGUACUUUGGUCUGCCCCCCUUCUGAAGAGACCUGCAGAGUGCCUCCUGCAGGAGAAUCCACCACAGCAGACGAUGCUUCCUUCAGAUCUCUCAAAGUAGAAAGAAAAGGGAGUGGGGUUAUGUUUCUGGCCAUUCAAAAUGUGUAGCAAUUCCAUCAGAGACGGAUACACAAGAGGAAAGCGGUGAGUUGCCCUCCAGGUUCCUCUUCGAUGGCCCACGUUCAGGCCCCACCAAA